AUGGCAGCAGGGAAACCAAAAUACCCACUUGGCUCUCCUCAGGAGCAUAUUGAAAUGUAUAAAACCCAUGACUUACCUAUUGAUGUUAUAUGUGAGGAUUGUGAUGAAUUCAUUUGUGGAAAGUGUGCCAAAACAGAUCAAAGAGAUCAUGAUUGGAAUACACUACCCAAUGUAGCAAGCCAACGGAAGAGAGGUUUGAUAAAACUUCUUACUAGGAAGAUCAAAGAAGAGGAUCUGCCUGGGAUUGUUGAGAAGCUAGAGAAAGUGACACAACAGAUGACAGAAAAUAAAGAAAUGUGUGACUCUGAGAUCAAAGAGCUACAAGACCAUUAUGAUAUCGCUUUGACUGAAAGUAGCUCAUUUAAAUAUGGAAAGGAAGCGGUAGUUUUGUUGAGGGCGGUGUGUGAAGGAUCUGUGUCUACAGUCGUCGGUACAGGUCCACUGGAACCAAACGGAAUCAGUCAGUCAGUGGACGGUGGACUACUUGUCAAUUUGGCUGAUAAGGAAUUAGGUCGUUACAAAUUUGAGCCUCAUAGCACUCGUGUGGUGAGACACAUCACAGUGACAGGUGAUGUCAUCCAUGAGUAUGAGUACCAGGAGGACGGUCAAACAAGAUUAUUUACAUACCCAUUUAGAGUCACACAGAACAGUUACGGUGACAUCUGUGUUGUGAACCGUACACGUACCUCUACAGGUGAAUUAGUGAUUAUGUCUCCCUCUGGUCGUAUGAAGUCUGUAUACCGUGGACAAACCCUCUCAAAGGACUUUUGGCCAGGUAAUGCAGAAUAUGACUCCUUCUGUAACAUCCUUGUUCCUGACAUGAACGAUGUACCUAUCCAUCUGCUGAGUUCUGAUGGGGAAUUUUUGAAUUCUUACUGA